GCGUGUAUACACAUGUACGUGCAUACACAUGCAACACGGACAUGGACAUCGUAUCAACUUCCUAGGAGUAGGAACCUGUAGUCCUCGUCGUGUGGGCAAAUUUGUUAAUUCAUAUCGGAAAUAUCCACUUGAAAGUACUGUCAGGAAGUGUAGAUUGUAUGUGGUGAGUGACAACUGGGCUCCCUGUAACUGGACUUGAGAAAGUUGGUGCAAUCUGCGACAAGUAGGAGAAGAUAUCGGUAAAGAUGGGAGAUGUACAACAUGAACAGGGAGACUCACCGUACGAAUCCAUAGCGAAGAUUGACACCAGCAAGAAAGAGGUGGUUCUUGGACAUGAGAUAGGCUCAGGCGCACAGUGCCUCAAGUGUGGGGAUGCCUGCACAGGCCUGGAACUCCACUUCUGGAGGAGAAUCUGUAAGAUCUGCAAGUGUUCCCCUGAGGACCAUGCCGUCGUCGUGCAGGAGCAGGAGACGGUGCGCAAGGUGGGCCGGCUCUUUGACUCCACCAAGUACAAGAAGUACGCCAUCGAGCGCAUGACAAUUGAGCAUACGGAGAUGAUGGCCAAGCCCGAGGAAGUGCAGACUGCCAAUGCUUCCCCCAGCAAGCACGUCACAUUUGAGUGGAUACCGCAGGGAGCCACCGAGAACAUGGCCAAGCGUUACAUGGAGAUGAUCCCCAUUGAGAACCAGCCAGUGGAAGGCACGGAGGGAGCCCAGCACCGGGCCAAGCAGAUGCAGAGGCAGCUGCCUGACCAUGACCAGCAGCCGGAGCUCUGCCAGCAGCUCAACACGGAGGAGGCUGAGAGGAUGUUGGACUUUGUCAAGGACUACAAGGAGAAGGCUGUGGGCAUCGGACAGGUUCAGCCAGUGGUACCGGACGCUAAUCCCCAGCUUCAGAUGCAGAACCUAUCCCUGGAGGAGUCAGCCGCGCCGGCCCCCGGCCACCCAGGGGCACCGGAUGUGGUGCCGGGGACGGAGCACCAACCAGGCAAGGCAUCGGUGGGGGUAGGGGGAGAUGCCCAAGCCCUCCAGGCUGCCGAGACACCCAAGGCCGGUGCAGAUGAGACAAAAUGGAAGUGCUGCCGGUGCGCCAAGGGCAUGACUGGUGGUGAUGUAGCCGUCUUCGCUGAGCGUGCCGGUAACGACAAGUGUUGGCAUCCGGGCUGUUUCCGCUGCCGUACCUGCAACGAGCUCCUGGUGGAUCUGAUCUACUUCUACAAGGACGAGGACAUCUUCUGUGGACGUCACUACGCCGACCUGCUCAAGCCCCGCUGCGCAGCAUGUGAUGAGCUGAUCUUCUCUGAGAAGUACACGCUAGCUGAGGAGCUGAGCUGGCACAUUGAUCAUUUCUGCUGCUGGAACUGCGACACUGUCCUUGGGGGUAGACGCUACGUGGCCAGGGAGAGCCACCCUUACUGCUUGCCGUGCUAUGACAAGCUAUUCGCAAAGUACUGUGGCACCUGCAACGAGAAGAUCGAGGCAGACAGCAAGCGAUUGAACCAUGAGAAUAACUUCUGGCACGCGGACGCCGUCUGCUUCAAGUGCUCUUCCUGUGCCGUCUCGCUCGUCGGUCGUUCCUUCCUCCCCAAGGAUCGCAACAUCUUCUGCUCCGUGCAGUGCAAACGAAAGUACUACAACCAGUGAGGGACAGCAGAUGUAGCAUGCUUUACUUUAUCGGUCGCUAGAGGGCACUGUUUAUAGGCUAUGGGUGUCAUUAAAAUGACUUUGGGAGUUUGUGAAAAUGCGGCUGCGUCUCCAGCUUUGGUCACGUGUCUGGCUUUAGAAUAAUUCCUUUGAAUUUGGCUCCAAACAGGGUUAUGUAUCAUCUGGGCCCAAUUUCAUGGCUCUGCUAACCACAGAAUUCCGCGCUUACGGUCAUCAUUCUGUGCUAACAACGCUGGCAAAAUAAUUCUGCAGUAACCAUGUAAACACACAAUCGUUAGUUAUGGGAUGUACAUGUACGCAUGCGCACAAGCCAAAAUUCCUUGCUAACCAGUGAAAAUACACUUACCAUAAGCACGGAAUUUUCUGCUACAGUAAGCAGGAAUUUUCCCUAACCCUAACGGUAAGCAGAUCCAUGAAAUUGGGCCCUGGGGAGCGUUCCACUUGCACAAACAGUGCUAACGUCUGCCAACAUUGGCCACAUUGUUGUUAGCUACGUUUUCCAAAAUGGCCAGCACACGCAAUGCACAGAAUGAUUCUGUCGGGACUGGCAUAUCCGUUUUCAACAUUCACGUUCAGACCACAUUUUUUUCAGGAGUUUAAAAGCUGCUUUCUGAACACUGAUGCUUGUAGGAAUCACAUACAGGGCGUCGCCAUUUUGAAAACAGUUUUGUUUUUUCGAUUGCAUUGUCAUUCUAUUAAGGGUGAGCUCAUUUGAAGGGUCUUGCUUACGAACGCAAACACAUGUUUGCAUGAGGGAACACACCGCUGGCCAAAGCUGGAGACAAUAAAAUAUGUUUCACAAAUUUGUGUUUUGAUAUUGAAUUUUCAAACUAAAUUGAAUACUGCAAACUAAAUGUACACACGUACAUGUUUGGAUUGGCACACCUGAUAAUAUAACGCUGUUGGAUGAAAUCAAAUGUCGUUACCAAAAACUCGGCAUCAGCUUUGGAUGCCAGCUUGGAGAUUUGUGGUUCUCAUUUGCCUUGGGCUGUGGUUUCAAUAAUUGGGGUCCUUUUUGUGCAUUCAGCAAAGUAUUGAAUGGAUGCAAACUCCUUGGAAAACUGCUUUUUCAAAGUAAUCUUCAAUUUCAUUACUAAUUGUUGGGAAAAUAUACACGGGAAAAGUAAAACAAAACAAAAAAAGAGGACAUUCUCUGCAUAAGAACUGUUUCUUCCUCUGGUUGUUACACAACCUUCAAGAAAGCCCAUGCAUUCUGCACGUAUCCAGCGCUCUACACGGGGUUGAGAGGCUGUACCGAGGUAGAAAAUCCACAAUCUACUGCCAACCCACGUAAACGCUAGUCUUAGUGUGAACGUAUCGCCUUCCCUACCCAUGUUCGAUGUGACUCGCUUUAACUUACCAUGGACACGUUUUGAUUUCAACAUCGGUAGCGAGCGGAAAUGUAAAAAUGCCAUUCAACACAAUUCCAGCGCACCCUAUUCAGUCUUUUGCAAACUAAUUUAAAUUUAUAGUUCCCAAAUUUUUUUAUGGGCUUUCAUAUCUGACCAAAAACAGCAAAUCUUGUGAAACAUAGCAUUUGUUAUUCGCUAACUUUUGUACUAUUCAUGGCCUUGUUUAAUGAAGGAUAUUAUUUUGUGUGGUAAGAAAUAUAAAAGUUGGUCCAUAACACGAUUGAGAUAUUUCCAUUUUUGGUUUUCGCAUUUUAAUUUUAAUUACAAAUGCUUGAGGUCACAUUGAAAGGUAAUUCAUUGUAUACCAGUCUAACCGAAAUUGAAAACAAUUGUAAACAGUGUUUCAGAUUCUACUCAAACCUUGAAAAAAAAAUUAAUUAAACUUUGUUUCGUACAAUGAGCCUAAAUAUUGCAAGACCCUUGCUUUUUUUUUCUUUUUCUUUUUAACUGGAGGCAAUCACUGGAACAGAAUCAAAAGCGAAAAGAAUGUGACUAACGAGAUAAAAAAAAUCAGAAUUCAGCUAGGUUCAAACGGGGUAGGAAAAGUUUUGAAACAAUCGCCAUGGCAACCACGACACCCAUUUUGUCUACAUAUGAGUGUAUACUAUUUAUAUAACAGUUUUGAGGUUCAGCAUGACAUGCAGGUGAACAAUGAAUGGAAUACAUGUAUGUAUUAAGUUACAAAUUCUCAAUUAUUUUGUAUACUUUGGAGAUCGUUUAUAAAGGACUUACUCUUCAGAUAAGAACAACAAAAAUGAUAAGUGAAAACACCUUGUUUAUGAAGACUGUAAAACGUAUCAAUUGUAGCAAUAGGUAAUUAUAUUGCUUAAGAUUUUUGUUUGUGCUGUUAAUAUUGUAUGCAGAUUUAAUAUCGUAUCACCAAAAGUAGCCUUUGUUAAAUAGACUUAUUUAUGCAUUUUGAUGUAAUGGUGACUCGGACAAAGUACUGGUCACCUUUAAAUAGCAUCAUGAGGUAUGAUUUGCAUAAUUAGUGCUGUGUAGAACUGUGCUGUACAAUUUUUUUGCUAUUUGUAGUAAAGUCGUAAUCAUGUACUUUGUUUUAUUAAGGAAAAUUAGUCUGGCAGCUUGUCCGUCGGUUUAAGUUAAGCCUGUCCGUGCGCAAUGGGAACCAAACAUAACCUUGACAGACUGGUGCCUGUGUCUCAAUCAAAAUCAAAAUUGUUCCCAAACAUUCAGGGAACAAGACCAAAAUGGCAGCUGUGGAGAUGGACCUUGCCCAGACCGAUUCAGAAUUGAGAGGGAAACCUCACAAAGAGUACAAUCAGAUAAAUGUUUGGAUAAACGUUUGUAUUAUUCAAAGAAUCGUCAAUUUUAAGAGGGGGUAUACAAUAUAAGUCCAAAUGUUGCGCUCCUUUUAUGUGCUUGAAAUUUAUAUUCUUUAAAUUUACAUUGCAGAAAUUAUCUUUUCAAAUUUUAGUAGAAUGUUUGCACCGUUUUUGUACAAUCAUUAUAGUGAAAAGGGCUUUAAUUAAUUAAUAUUUGGGCCAAUUUUGUUUAUUCUGAUUUCAAUCAUUUUUGUGUGUUUUGUGGAGGGUAAUUUUUCUGAAGCUUUUGAUUAAUAUUUAAAAUGAAUUCCCUUUCUGUUUUAUAAUCGCUUCUCAUAUAUCUUUAAUUGUUUAAUCCUCCCAAUGUAAUUGGAACCCUUAAACAAAUAUAUUUCCAGGUUUAUGUGCAUAAUUGAUUUUUUUUUGCUUGAAUAAACCAAUCUUGGAGAUACCAA